AUGGAGAUGCCCAGCCCACCCAGGAGGGGGAGGCUCCGGCCCACGCUGGCGCCGGCAACCCUGACUGUGGCCUUCGGCUCGGCCUUCCAGUACUGCUACAACCUCGCCGAGUUCAACACGCCACACAAGGUCCUGAAGGCGUUUUACAAGGACACCUACUUUGAGCCACAUGGGACAUUCUUGGGCGAGAAGGAGGCGCUGCUGCUGUGGCCUUGCACUGUCUCCAUGUUUCCCCUGGGCCGCAUGCUGGGGCCGCUGGUGGUGGGCAGCUGGGAAACUGUACUCUCUCGAAAGGGUGCCCUGCUCAUCAAUAACGUCUUUGCCAUCAUCCCCACCAUCCCGAUGGGAGCCAGCAAAGUAGCCAAGGCCUUUGAGCUGAUCAUCUUUUCCUGAGUGGAGCUGGGAGUCUGCGCAGGCGUCUCCUACAGCACCUUUCCCAUGUACCUGGGAGAGCGGGCUCCCAAGAAUCUCAGGGGCACUCUGGGAACAAUGACCGAGGUUUUCUUCAUUGUGGGAAUCUUCCUGGCCCAGAUCUUCAGCCUGUAGGCCAUCCUGGGCAACCCUACAGGUUGGCCGGUGCUCCUGGCACUCACGGGGGUCCCCGCGUUGCUGCAGCUCCUGUCCCUGCCCUUCUUCCCCAAGAGCCCGUGCUGCACCCUGAUCCAGAAAGGUGAUGACACAGCGCGACAAGCUCCGAGGAAACUGAGGGGCUGGGCCUACGUAGAGGAUGAGAUCGAAGAAAUGCGUGUGGAGGACCAGGCGGAGAGGGCCGAGGGCUGCCUGUUGGUGCUUGACCUGCUCACCUUCCGGCCUCUGUGGUAGCAGCUCAUCUCCAUCAUCGUGCUCAUGGCCGGCUGCGGAAGUGGGAGACAGGUUAGUGGGCUCAGCUGGAUCAACUACCACACGGACAUGAUCUACGUGCGGGCUGGCGUGGAGGCCGCUCACUCCCAGUAAGUGACCGUGGGCACUGGUGUGGUCGACGUCACAAUGACUGGCGUCUCAGCUGGCUCCGUUGAAUGUCUGGGGAGACGGCGCCCCCUGCUGGUUGGCUAUGGCAUCUGCGGCUCGGCCUGCUUCAGGCUGACCCUGGCGCUGCUCUUCCAGAGCACGGUCCCGGAGCUGUCCUACCUCAGUGUCAUCUGUGUCUUCGCCUGCAUCUCAGGACAUUCCAUCAGGCCCAGUCCCGUCCCCUCCGUGGCGAGGCCCGAGAUCUUCCUGCAGUCUUCCCAGCAGACCGCCUUCAUGGUGGACGGGGCUGUGCACUGGCUCACCGACUUCAUCGUGGGCUUCCUGUUCCCCUCCAUCCAGGAGGCCAUGGGGGCCCGGAGUUCCACUGUGUUUUCCUGCAUCUGCCUGCUCACCGCUGUCUACAUGUACAUGGUGAUUCGGAGACCAAGGGCUGAUGUGGCGAUAAACCGAAUUUUUGCUAACAGAAACAGAAUGGAGAUUCCAGGGAGAGAAGAAACUGCAGCUGUCGAGCCUCCCACACCAUCUCUACCCACCAAGAAAACGUCCUUUUAAUGGUUCUGCGUGUCCCCAAAUGCUACAUCAAGGCUUCCUUCUCUAAAGACGGAACUUCCUGCCCCAGGGCUCAAGGGAG